AUGGAUCCCCUCUCCGCCUUUAGUCUUGCCUGCGGCGUAAUCCAGGUGGUCGAUUUUAGUACGAAGAUCGUGGUAAAAUGCCGAGAAAUAUACAAAGAUGGAGCCUUGUCUGAAAACAAAGAGAUCGAGUCCAUGGCCAAACACCUUACGGAACUGUCUACCGACUUGAAGUUAGCCAGCGCUAUUCCGAGUCCUGGACCCAUGCCACAGUUAUACUACGAUGACCAGGACCUUCUAAAGCUGGCUCAGCAAUGUUCUGGGACUGCAACCGAGUUAAUAGAUGAACUCCAGAAGCUCAGUAUCCAGGGUCUGCACAGGAAGCGGGAUGUUGUCCGCAAGGCCGUAAAGGCAUUCCGGAAGAAGAGCACUAUUGAAGACAUUCAGAGAAGGCUGGAACAGUAUCGCAGGACGCUAGACACACGGAUCUUGAUCAAUUUGAGAGAGCAGAGCGACGGCUUCAGGGACCUCGAUCGCAAACUCCAAAACCUCAUCAUAGGUGUCGCCAGAGAUCAGAACACGUUUGAUGAUUUGAAGGGCUUGGUUCAAGUUGAAAAUGCAUCAAACAAGCAACAUGUUAGUGAAGAAUUCGAGAAGCAUUGCAACCAAACAGCCGCCAACGACUUCUACAAGCGAUUCAUCGAGAGCCUCUACUUCCCUGAUAUUCAUGCUCGCCAAGAAGAGAUCGCAGAAGCCCAUCGGCAGACUUUUGAGUGGAUCUUCGACAAGCCUGGCCUCGAAGCCUACCUUUGGCACGAUUUUGUCGAUUGGCUUGAAAGCGGGAACGGCAUUUACUGGAUUUGUGGCAAAGCAGGGUCCGGCAAAUCAACACUGAUGAGUUUCAUAUGUCAGGAUUCUCGGACCGAGACAGCCUUGAAGAUUUGGUCGGGGAAUAAUGCAAUUCUCGUUCCAUCUUUCUUCUUCUGGAAUGCCGGCACCGAACUGCAAAAGAGUUCAAGAGGGUUACUGAGGUCGCUCAUAUAUCAGAUUUUGGAACAUGUUCCCAAUUUGAUGCCAGUGCUUGAACAAUCCCCAGAUGUCUCUCAGCAUAUCACACAACAACUCCCAACCUGGACGGAACGACGGCUUCGUGCAACGCUGCAUCAAUUGCUAUGCGCCGGACUAAAUUUACAUUGUCUCUGCAUAUUCAUCGAUGGCUUAGAUGAGCUUAGCGAUAAUCAGGACAGUCUAUUGGAGCUAAUUAGAGGAUUUCGGCAGUACCCGGGCGUCAAGAUCUGCCUGUCCAGUCGACCUCACCAAUCGUUUAGAGAUGAAUAUGGAUCCUCGGCGAUGCUGGAGCUACAAGAUCUGACUGAGCCAGACAUUCGAAGAUAUGUAUCAGACAAGCUCGGCCGAGCGCCCCUGAAGGCCUCGCAGGUCGCAUGUUCCUCAUUCGGGCUCAAGGAUACCGUAGAUACGAUCGUCUACAAAGCAGAAGGCGUGUUUCUGUGGGUCAAUCUGGCAGUGAGAGACCAGAUUGAGGGUAUCAAGAAUGGCGACGAUGCCGAGCAAUUGCGAGAGAGACUCCAACUUCUACCAAAAGAAAUCGAGAAACUUUAUGUCCACAUGCUUCAGAGAAUCGACAGUUGCUAUCGGAAGGAAGUAGCACAAUACCUUCAACUAGUUCUUUGCAACGAUGAAUCCUUGUCACUCUUUGAGAUUGCACUUGCAGUACACAAACGAAUAGAUGAUAUCCUUGUGUUCUCUCCAGAUAUAUCCAUUGGUGAUGUACGCAAUCACUGUGAGUUCAUAGGGGAGCGGGUUGCGACGACAUGUAAAGGAUUCUUGGAAGUACGCGAAUUCAAGGAUGGUCACGAGUGGCAAAAGAUGGUGACUGAACGCUUCUUGAAGUCAGUGAAAGACCGAAAAACACCUCUUGAGCAACGUGGCGAUAUUAUAAAGACCAAAUUCUACCAUCUACACACUCGGGUCAACUUUCUUCAUCGAACCGCCUUGGACUUCUUCGAAGACAAUGAGGAAGGGAAAAGUUUCCUGGAAGCGAAUACCUCAGUCAAUCCACAUCCUCAAGUAUUAAACGUCAAGGCUUCACUUGCUGAGCUUAUAGUCUUUCCCUUGUCAACGGACGAUGGCGUAGUUCGAAGUCUCAUUGACCAGAUCAUGGAUAAUGCUUCCAUUGCCGAAGACAAUACAGGAGUCGCGCAAACGGCCCUAAUGGAACUUCUAGAUCGCAGCAUAACAAUAUUAUGCCGACGAUCUCUAAGCCAGCCAACGAAUCUUCAUUGGUGUAGAGUGUGGGAAUUUCCUGAAAUUUAUCAUUCCUCGUGGGAUUUGGACCGAACACGGCCGCUGUCCAGAUCGAAAUCCUCACAAACUAGUGGUCGCAGAAACGACGUUGUUCCGGCCCCUUACCCGGUCGACUUCCUCAGCUUUGCAGCUUGGCAUGGACUUCAUAAUCAUGUUGCGCAUACCCUUGACUUGCGAUCUGGAUGGCCGCACCCUAGCACUGAGGACUAUUUACUCGGCUGUGUUGUUGACGGUUUGGGUUGCCCUGUUCCUCUUCAUUUGCGCGGGCACUUAAAGCUUAUAUCGGCACUCUUGAAGCGAGGUGCUGAUCCCAAUAUGAGAACUUCAAGCCGUAGCAUGUGGGGCUCCUUUCUACUAAUAAUGCAUAGAACAUGGUGGCAGGAUAAUUCCUGGGUAGACGCAGGAUGGGUAAAAGCUUCACGGGCAUUUCUUGGGAGCGGCGCCAAUGUCAAUGAAAUGAUCAGCUCCAAGUUCAUCUGGAUUUUCGGUAAUAGAGAAGUGUCUCGUUCGAUGAGUUCAUCGCCUCUUGAAAUAACGGAAUUUUCGAUGUGGCUGCAUCUCUCAGCACCAUCGGUUCUACAGCAGUAUUUCGCCACCAGCUCCGAGUUCUCCGAGUUCGAGGACGCACUUAUUGCCUCCGGCGCAUCCUGGUACUCAGAGUGCACCGAAUUGUUCUUGAGGGUUGGUCAGGGAAAGGAUAGACGCCGGGUUGACUCAAAAUUGUCAAAGCAACAACUGAGCCAGUUUUGGGAGGUCUUGAACCAGCGUCUAAAAGCAUCCCCCGGAGAUAUUUUGAUGCGCUGUAAAAUAAUUGAGCGCCAAGUUAUGGAACUGGUCCAGAAGCUCGACAUGGAACAGCUCUACCAACAAGCGCCCCUUGAGGAAGAGUUUGAAGAGGGAAGCCUCUCGGAAGAACAGUCACAAGAACACGAAAGCAGCGAAGACAUCGAGAGCAUCUCCGACGGAUCAAGCAUCGAUGCUUCAGAUUCCGACACCUUCGAAGCAGAAGGGCCUUCAGACUCCGCAGAUUUCUCCCAAGAAGAGGAGUGA